GACUCACGGCUCAGCCAUCGCUCCUCUGUAACGUGUUUCAAGGAAGGCAACGACCCGCUCAACGUCAUCAUACAGGUUGUGCAUGUCAGAUGCUCCCUCGGCUGUGCGGCCACUCAGAGUCAGCAGUAACUCCGCAGGGGCACACGAGUACCAGUAGAGCGCUGAGUAUUCUUAACAAGAGUACCUCGAUGACCUCGACCUUAACCGCCACAUCGUAGGCUCGCCCACCUCGCAGGUCAACACUCGCCACAAGUCCGGCGUAGCUUGCAACUGUCGCUCGUGGGUGUGUUACCAGAUUAUUGAACAAUAGCUGCUCUAAUCCCGAAGGUGGCAAGUGGCAGGUGUUGGUGAGGUGUCGAUGUGUGCCAGGUGUCCGUCGAGCAGGUGACGGGCGAAAUGCGCGCGGCCGCAGCGCUGCUCGUGCUGCUAGCCGCGGCCGGCCCGGGGCUGGCCGUUAUAUAUAACCUGAACCAGACUGAGUAUGACCGGAUGCCGCCCGUGUACCGGAUGGACAACUACAGCGAGUGCGUGGGGCGUACGAUGGCUCACUACUGCACCGUGCACUUCACGCUGGUGUCCGAUGCCCCGAGUGAGCUGCUGUUCAUGAUCCAGGAGUAUUCCUUAAAAUAUACAACACAUUUCAAUCACAGCGAUCUAAGAUAUGGUAUCUGUAUCAAAGAGAAAUGUCCCCGGUACAGUGGAAAUCAAAGUUUGGUCUCAGAGGAGCACCUUGAGGCAUGCCUCAACGAAACGUUCUGGAGCGAAUACAAGUUGCGUACCCGCGUGCAGUACGCCAGCUGUCACCGCGGCCACGACACCUACACCCAAGUAGACACCAGCGACGUGUUCACCGGACUCCUGGUGCUGUUCGUUCUGACGUCUAAUGUUGUCGGAAGCUUGUAUGACAUCCUCACAUCCCACGAGAAACAACAGGGUAAUAAUCUUCUGAUGUGCUUUUCUGUGAAGGAGAAUUGGAUACAACUGACGUCAACGAGUGAUCACUUUGGUGAAGAACUUAAACAAUUUAGAGCGAUAUACGGAAUAAGGGCUCUCGUGAUUGUAAGCAUCGUGUUCGGCCAUAUGAAUACUCCGUUCCAGCUUUUUGGAGACAACGUGCGAGGAAUGGAGGAGAUCUACCACGACCCAUUGCAGAUGAUUGUGUUUAGCGGCUCCCUGCUGGUACAGAUUUUCUUUGUGCUGGCUGGCUUCUUGUUGGCAUACAAGCUGCAGAAGCUAUUUGAGAAAACUACAGUGAGCUGGGAUUUUGUACCAAAAACAGUGUUCUUUAGGUGGUUGAGACUGACGCCGCCGUACGCCAUCCUGGUGGCGCUGAUGGCCACGUGGCUGAGGUUUACCAAGUCCGGACCGUUUUGGGAGGUGGACGCGGGUCUGGAGGUAGCGGACUGCCGGCGUCGCUGGUGGCUCAAUCUGCUCUACGUGAACAACUACGUGUACAAGUCGCAGUGCAUCCCACAGUCCUGGUACAUCGCGGCGGACAUGCAGCUGUGGAUACUCGGGCUAGUGGUGUGCCUGGUACUCAGGGGCUCCCGAUACAAGAAGUGGCUCCUGGGCGCUCUGGUCGCGGCUGGAGUCGCAAUCCCGGCGCUCCACACCUACUUCCAGGACCUGGAAGCCAUGCUACUAUUACAUCCAAGCGGGUGUCGCAGCUUCUUCAGCACAGAUCCGACAUACAAUGAGGUCUACAAGAGAGGUCACACGAACCUGGUCAGCUUCGCUAUCGGCCUGGCCACCGGCUACCUUGUCUACGACUGGCAGGAGAGGGACGUGCUGAUAGCCAACUAUGUGAGAUACCGGCUGCUGCACUGGCUCAUCAUCCCGCUUGGUGCGGCCUUCAUGUGGCUGGGCUCGGUGUUCUACCGGGACGCUCCUCGGGACCCACUGCUCGUCCGCACGGCCUUCGCAGCCGUGUGCAGGCCCGUCAUGGGCUUCCUGACCGCCGCUUUCAUUCUGGGGAUGAUCUUCAGAAUUGACCGAGGUCGGCGGCACAUCAAAGAGGAUCCGCAGGCGGAUACGAAGAAGGAACGAAAAUUUCAAAUGCAAGAACUUUUGCGAGCCAUAAUGGAGUGGAAGGGCUGGAUACUGCCGGGCAGACUGUCGUACUGCGUGUACCUGAUACACUACCCGCUCAUAAGACUGUAUGGCUCGACCAGGGUCGAUCUCAUCUAUACGUCGCCGCUGUCUAUUUACCUGACCACCGCCGUGGUGACGGUGGUGUCGUUCCUGGUGGCCGUGCCGCUGUCGCUGCUUGUGGAGCUGCCCUUCAUCAGAGUGGGGAAGCUGCUGGCCCGCAAGGAGACGCCACACGAGGAUGCCGUGCCUGACCACGUCUACAGCACACAUUUAUGAUAUUUAAAUAUAGUUUUUAAAAUCGA